AUGAGCUCAUUAGGCUUAUUGAAGAUUACAACAGUUUGGGUGGAAGGACCUCGAUAUCUUGAAGGAAAAGUUUCCGGUGCUGUAUUCAGUGAUGAAAAGGAUAUGGAAGAGAUGAGAGUUUAUGGAGAGGUCUUCAAAAAUUUCGCAUGGUCAAAUCCGCUCUGGCCAAAGCUCUUCCCCGGUGUUCGAAAAAUGGAGGCUGAAGUAGUUCGCAUGUGUUGCACGCUAAUGCACGGAGAUGAAGAAAGCUGUGGAACGGUUUACCCCUGUUCAGAUGUCAACCGGUGGUACGAUAUCAAUUCUCCUGGCUUGAUAAUUCCAACGUCAGCUCAUGCUGCUUUUACAAAAGCUGCUGAAGUGUUUCGAAUACGAGUUGUACGCGUCCCGGUAGAUUCUCAGACCUUUAAAGUUGAUGUGAAGAAGAUGAAAGCUGCGAUAACGAGUAGAACAUGCAUGCACCUAUUGGUAAAGUACCUUCAACUUUGCCUUCAGCUCGUCGGCUCCGCUCCAAACUUUCCCUUUGGCACUGUAGACGAUAUCUACAAUAUCCCAGUCCAUGUUGAUGCUUGUUUGGGAGGUUUCCUCUUAGCUUUCAUUGAUAAUGCGCAGCCUUUCGACUUCAGAGUUCCUGGUGUCUGCUCUAUAUCAGCUGAUACGCAUAAGUACGGACUGGCACCAAAGGGAUCCUCUGUGGUACUGUAUAGGAACAAGGAAUACCUUCAUAACCAGUAUUUCUGUGACGCUGAUUGGCAAGGAGGGAUAUACGCUUCCUCUACAUUGGAAGAAAAGAAUUUCAAAAUUUUGCUCUCUGAUCCAAUCCGUCUCUUUUUUGGGAAGUCGAUCUGGCCUGAACAUUGCCUUGUGCUGGGCUUCACUAUUGUUUCAAGGAGUUGA